AUGUGUGGGCAGUCCUUAUCAUACACAAUGGAAGUCCCAUCUCUGUGGGAGGUUCCGGAGAUUGCUGAAUAUCUCAAUGAAGACAGAACUGCAGCCUGCAGAGAAGUAAUAGGUCUCAUUAAGAGCCUAUUCUGGUUUGGCUGGUACGACGACAUUGCUGAAGCUAUUGAUGACCCCGCAUUCACUAUCCAUGAUGAGGUGGAUUCAUUCCCGCAGGGGCAAAUAUCACCUAUGACCCUAGGCCUCGCAGCUCCAUACUUGGAGUCUGAUAUUGCUGUUCCUGUGUUCUCCGCGGGCAUGCCCCAUACAAUCUCUCUAAGAUCAGUUCAUAAUUGCUUACUAUCAAGAACAAACAUCAAGAGCGGUUCCAAUGAGACUAUAAAGCCCCUUCACCUGGCCUGGCGGCAUCGCGACACCUUAACAGAAACGAACCGAUACAACGUUGGCGGCAAGAGGAACCGGCAUGAUAGCAUCCGUGUUGAGACAACAAGACGCCUUAUUGCCGAAGGCGAACGCGCUGCGAAAGAUGAUCAAAAUUGGUAA